CACCUUCAACCCUCCCAGCGAUUCUUCAAGAUGAACACACUUCCCGCAUCGUCAUUCGCACCAUGAAAGAAUGUACGUUCCAAGGUAAUCCAGGGUUGGUAAUUCAAUGGGAUGAUAAAGGAUUUAAUGAUGUACAAACUGCUCCUGGUUGUCGUAAUGGUGUUCCUG